CCACAGUGGCACAGGAUCCGCACUCUGGCGUCCUCCACAAUUUAUGCUCAGGAUAUUCCAAUAUAAUUCCAGGUUACCCUGCCAACUGCGAAAUGGAUGACUGCUGCUCUCACAUGCAAAUGUUAGAGAGCCAUGUUAGGGUAUCCUCUGAAGACUCCAAGAGCAAAAAUAAAUAAAUAUUGAGACAAGUUUCCAAUAGUUAGGAAAGUGUGUCUAAUAUUUAGGCUAAGCAGAAGUGAGUGCAUCGUUAAACUAAUAAUCCUACUUGCAGGGAUGCACAUCAAUCAAAAUAUUUGAGUGAAAGUCAGCAGCCCAUACGAUUAAGUGAUGCUUUAAGAUAUAUAUACACUUUUUGCAGUCAGUAAGCCUAUCAAACCUAUAGCACGAUGUGGAAGCCGAAUUGCUGUGCCGUCCAUUUCUGCCAUAAGAAAAAAGAUCACUAAAUUAAGGAUGGAAGUAAUAGAUGUCUAACAAACAUGCUGACAAGUAUGUACUAGCAAUCAUGCGUGCCGACGGACUACCAAUCCACAUCAAACAUAUCUGCAGACCACCCUCUUCCACAACACAGUAACUAUUUUCAACAUUAACUUUUUUGCGGAGCUGUUUCCUCUCCUGGUUGAACUCUGCCGUAAACCGUAGAACUGAACUUCGCCCAAUCGUCAGCGAUUGCAGAAAGGACUGUUGUUGAGAGCUGGGUUACUACACUGUGGACUCACAGCAAUGGAGAUCUCGUUUGCAGGAAAACGCGCUCUGGUCACGGGGGCAGGAAAGGGCAUUGGCCGGGCAACUGUGUUGGCGUUGGCACGUUGCGGGGCAGAGGUCACGGCUGUCACACGCACUCAAGCUGACCUGAACAGCCUCGUUCUCGAAUGUCCCUCUAUCAGGCCUGUGUGUGUGGACCUGUCCGAAUGGGAGACCACGGAGGCGGCGCUCAAAGACAUCGGUCCAGUUGACUUGCUGGUGAAUAAUGCCGCGUGCGCCAUGCUGCAGCCCUUUCUCGAGGUCACCCCGGAGCAGUUUGACAUGUCUUUUAACAUCAAUGUGAAGGCUGCUCUUCACGUUUCCCAGAUAGUGGCUCGUGGCAUGAAGGCGCGGGGCGGCGGCGGCUCCAUCGUGAACAUCUCCAGCCAGGCCUCCCAGUGUGCCCUGCAGGAUCACGCCGUUUACUGUGCAAGCAAAGGAGCUUUGGACAUGCUUACAAAAGUGAUGGCCCUGGAACUGGGACCCUAUCAGAUCCGCGUGAAUUCCAUCAACCCGACGGUCGUCAUGACGGAGAUGGGCAGGAUUGGCUGGAGCGACCCUGAGAAAGCCAAUGCCAUGACUUCUCGGAUCCCGCUCGGCAAAUUUGCAGAGGUGGAGGACGUGGUGAAUUCCAUCCUCUUCCUCCUCAGUGACAAGAGCGCGAUGACCAAUGGCGUGAUUCUGCCGGUGGACGGAGGCUUCCUGGCCUGCUGAACUCAUUUCCUGUCUGGGAUGUGGGAGUUCCUGCGGGGCUCCUGGAUGUGGUUUCACUGCACCGUCAUGGACGCCUCAUGCCCACUAGAGAUCGUUCUUCAGCACACAGACACGUGCAAACAAAUCAUAUGUUACGUUACUGAUACAGUGUGUGUAUAGGUUGGAUUUAAGCUGCCUAUGUUCUGUGUGUAGUGUUGAUGUGCUGUGUGAGUUAUGAUUACUUUUGAAUAAUUUGUUACCCACGUAAAGAGCUUUACUGCAUUUUUCCAUUUAAUAGUCUAAUGCCCUAAAUACACAUCAUAUCAUACCCUAAACACACAUUAGUAAUACAAUUACAAGUACAAGUUAGCAUUGUGUAACCAUUUAGAUCUUUAAAAGGUUAAUUAGUGUUUCCACCCAACUUUCAAGGGCACUGUGAAAAAAAAACCUGUUCGAACCAAUCUGAUGUGAAAUAAAGUCAUAGUAACUGGAAAA